GUACGUCGUAUGCCUACCUUCUUUGAAACAUUUCCGGUAGUUUUGGUAGAUGGAGACGGAAUUGUGAGAGCCGAUGUUCCUUUUAGAAGGGCAGAAUCCAAGUAUAGUGUCGAACAAGUGGGUGUAACUGUUGAGUUCUAUGGUGGUGAACUCGAUGGAGUCAGUUAUAAUGAUCCUGCUACUGUGAAAAAAUAUGCUAGACGUGCCCAAUUGGGUGAAAUUUUUGAAUUGGAUCGCGCUACUUUGAAAUCCGAUGGUGUUUUUCGUAGUAGUCCAAGGGGUUGGUUCACUUUUGGACAUGCUUCGUUUGCUUUGCUUUUCUUUUUCGGCCACAUUUGGCAUGGUGCUAGAACCUUGUUCAGAGAUGUUUUUGCUGGUAUCGACCCAGAUUUAGAUGCUCAAGUGGAAUUUGGAACCUUCCAAAAACUGGGGGAUCCAACUACAAGGAGACAAGUAGUCUGAUACAACAUUUCUUUCAUAUGUCUAGCCUAUGUUUCAUAUAGGGUACUGGAGAAAUAUUAAUUCGAAUCAUCACCUAUUACUCUUGACCUUUACUUGUCUGGGAAAUGAUCCCAAAUGAACAGGUAUGGAAGCUAUAAUUGUAAAACACGAUCGAAUCUAUGGAAGCAUUGGUUUAUACAUUCCUGUUGGUCUCGACUCUGGGGAUAAUAUUUUUUGCUAUCUUUUUUCGAGAACCGCCUAAGGUUCCAAAUAAAAAGAUGAAAUGAUUUUUCAUUAUCUCAAUUGAAAUGAUGACCCUCCGAUGAGGAGGGUCAUCAUUUCAACUAGUCCCCGUGUUCCUCAAAUGGAUCUCUUAGUUGUUGAGAGGGUUGCCCAAAGGCGGUAUAUAAGGCAUACCCCGUAAAGCUUACAAGUAAACCAGAUAUGAAGAUGGCGACUAGAGUUGCAGUUUCCAUUAUUAAGUGAUUUCAAGACCACGAUGGAUCUACGAUAAGAUAGUUUAUUUACAACGGAAUCGUAUACAAAGUCAACAGAUCUCAAACAAUGCACGGAAUAGGAUUUAUGGCUACACAAACCAUUGAGGGUAGUUCCAGAUCUGGGCCAAGACGGACUAUUGUAGGCGAUUUAUUAAAACCAUUGAAUUCGGAAUAUGGUAAAGUAGCCCCUGGAUGGGGAACUACACCCCUUAU